UCCAUCCCCAACAUGGUAGAAAUGGCAAUGAUAACCAAAGCCCCCACAGAGUUUCUCUUCUAUGGCUUAUAUUCCAGCUUUUCAAAUGACAGGGAAGAUCCGUUCCACAAUGCUGGGUCUCCCCUGGGAGGCUGGGACUCCCUGACUUGGGGCCAUGGCUGGAGUCAUUCUAGGAACAAGAAGUGGAGCAGGUCAACCAGUGUUUCUGCAUUAAGCAGCAGGAUUAGGGAGGUUUCCAAGGCAACAGGAGGUAGCUUUGCUAUUAGGGUUAGGUCAGGUCUGGUUCACUGUAGCAUGCACUUUGUAGGUUGCUAUGGUAGCAGUUUCUUCCCGUGCUCUUGGUAGAUGGAGGGACUUAUGAGAAACUGAGGGGCAUCAGUUCUCCUUGCAGUGUGAUAGCAGGCUGGCAAGUAAUGUUGGCUGGCCGCGGUGAGAGGGGAUGAGCCCACAGAGCCUCAUUGUAGGGAUGAGUUAGGAUUGGGCACGCUUGUGCCUUCCUUCUGAGCAGUUCUGCAGUUGCCUCUGCUGGGGUGUGGCCAGAAAUAACAGUCUGGUUGGCCUAAAUCCACUGGUCCUAAUCUGGCUAUGACCUCACUAUCUGGGUCAUAUUGUGUUGCUGUUGUUCAAAGCCUGUGGAAUGAUUUUUGUCAAGAUAUGAAGUCAAGAAAAGAAGGUGAGGCCAGCAGCAGUGUGGAUGGCAGCAGUUGAUGCAAGACCCAGGCCAUCAGUUCGUCCUUGUGUCCCCAUCCCUUCCCCACUAGGAGCAUCAGAGCAUCCCCCUCCUUCUACGAUCUGUCAUUCCCAUUUGCAUGGUCACCAAAGGGCAUGGUGUCAGUUUUAGAUUACAGACCACAGCCCCUGGGUUUUUUGUGGCCUGUGCAUGAAAACUGGGCCUUGUAGCUUUCCUGGGGAGCAGGCAGGCCUGCACAGCCAUCACCCUGUCCUGCAUUUAGAGUCUGGGGUGCAUGACUUUAAAAGGGUUCCAUGCUUGGCCUCUGACUUGCGGGCCUGGCCUUCGCACAUGACUGUAGCUGAGACCUCUAGUGAAGGUGAAGACUGCAGAGCAGGCAAAGUUAAACCAAGAAAAGUCAGGGAUAGGAUGGGGGCGGGGAAAGAAACCAUGCCUUUUCCCUUCUCAGUGCAGGCUACAGGGGCCCAUUUUCAACCCCUCCUGCGCCCCGCCAUUACUUUCCCACUCACUGGCAACCUGAUCAUCUCCGCUGAGGUGUCAGUGUCACCUCCAUGAGACCUGUUACCCUGCUGUACCUGCGACACUGCAGCUGCCUCCCCAGCUCCCAGCUCCCUCCUAGAUUCUGCAGUGUCCCCCACAGGUCCCUCCCAGCGAAGGAGUGAGCGAGCUCUGCUCCCCCCUGCAGGUCACUCCUGUCCCUCACCUGUGCUCAUGUAUUCAUAAGGUCUGACGGCUUUUUAAAAAGGUGUUUUUAGAAUCAAACCAAGUUCUGUAAGAGGAAGAAGAAAGUUUUUUUUUUGUUUUGUUUUUAAUGUGUCUACUGAACCAGGCUCAUAAAAUUCAACGUUCAUAUUUCCUUCUGGCCCAUGAGAUAGGACCGUAUGGCUCUUGGCAUUCAGUAAUUGCUCAAUAAAUGCCUGUUCCUUAAAGGGAUGAUGGAUGCAGGAAGGCUUGAGCAAGUGGGAAGCUGGGCUGUUCUGAUUCAGCACCUUGUUGAACUUGUCUUGGCUACCCUGGUGUCUUUCUUCUCUUCCUCCACCCUCGCUUGGCACUUUCUGAAUUGCCUCUGAGCAGGUCUGUGCUAGGUACUGGGAAGACAAAGAUGAAUGCCCAGGUCCUUAGCCAUUCUCACAUGGCUCCCACUUCCCCUCCCCCAGCAGCCCUCUCCACUGUCCUGGGAGUCAUCCAGCAUCAUGGUGCCACAGUGGUCACAGGAAGGGACGUCUGUGUCAGAUCCCUGGCACCAAGGCCUGAGGUGAUCGGACUUGUCAGCCCUCUAGAAACUAAAGUCUAAGGACUUGGUCCCUAACUAAUGUGCUAUACGCCCUGCUCCCCAUCCCCAGCCGUGUUACAACCCUGGUGGUUCUAACCAUGUUGGCUGGUUGUUGGGAGUUAGGAGUUGUUGCUAGCAGCAGGGACUAGCCACAGGGCCCCAAUUUUCAGUAGCUGUUCAUGGGCCCUGGGCACGGUAGCUUCCCCUUCUCACCUUUCCCAAACUAUGGCCCUGGACAAGUGCUUGUUGCUCUCUGCUUCUCUGGGUGGCUCUGAAAAACAGGUGAUACCUGACUUGUGAGAGACCAGCCCCUGUAGUGUCCAGUGGGUGAUGCUGUGAGAGUUGUCACAGAACAGCCUGCGCCGGCCUCGACCGGGGAUGUGCCGCUCCUGAUAGGGACUACCACUAGCCAGGAACAGCAGCCACCCAGGAGAAGAUGGAGGGGCUGAAAGACAAGACCCUGCAGGAGCUGGAGGAAAUGCAGAAUGACCCAGAAGCCAUUGCCCGGCUAGCCUUGGAGUCUCCUGAGGUUCAGGACCUGCAGUUAGAACGAGAGAUGGCACUGGCCACGAACCGGAGCCUGGCAGAGCAGAACCUGGAGUUCCAAGGUCCCCUGGAAAUCAGCCGCUCUAACCUCUCAGACAAAUACCAGGAGCUGCGGAAGCUUGUGGAGCGGUGCCAGGAGCAGAAAGCCAAGCUGGAGAAAUUUUCCUCGGCACUGCAGCCUGGGACCUUGUUGGACCUUCUGCAGAUCGAAGGCAUGAAGAUCGAGGAGGAGUCUGAGGCCAUGGCUGAGAAAUUCCUGGAAGGUGAGGUGCCGUUGGAAACGUUCUUAGAGUCCUUUUCCUCCAUGAGGACACUGCUGCACCUGCGUCGAGUCCGCGUAGAGAAGCUCCAGGACGUGGUGAGGCGGCCUCGAGCUUUGCCGGAGCUGGCUGGAGAUGUCCCUCCAAAGCGCCCGCCACCCCCACGCCCAGUACCCCAGGCGACACCGCCUGAGACUGAAGAACAGCCUCCACAGCCCUCUGUAGUGACUCCCUACCCUUUGCCCUACAGCCCAUCCCCAGGCUUGCCUGUGGGCCCGACAGCCCAGGGAGCCCUGCAGCCAGCCCCCUUCCCUGUGGUGGCCCAGCCUUCCUCCUAUGGUGGGCCUCUGGGUCCUUACCCAUCACCUCAUCCAGGACCCAGGGCCAUGGUGGGUUACUCUUGGUCUCCACAGAGGAGUGGCCCGCCCCAGCCUGGCUAUCCUACGGCUCCAACUAGUACCUCUGGUCCAGGGUACCCCUUAGUGGGGGGCCGAACCCCUGGUCCUGGUUAUCCUCAGCAGUCCCCCUACCUCCCGUCAGGAAACAAACCUCCCUACCCAACACAACCUCAGCUCCCGGGCUUCCCAGGACAGCCCCAGCCUCCUGUGCCCCCUCAACCUCCAUACCCUCCUGGGACAACCCCUUCCUAUGGCUUCCACCCUCCAGGGCCUGCCUGGCCUAGGUAUUAGUCCUGGUCUGUGUCCACCUUCUUCCUUCUACCUGCACCACAGCCUUUGGCCUCCAUUUGCUGAGAUUUGAGGUUAACACUGGACGUGGUGGUGAUGCGCCCUGAAACGCUGGGACACACAGAAGCCCCGAGCCUCGAGUUGGAAGCACAUAGGCCUCCUGAAAGGCCCUGAAGAGUGCAGCAUGAGUCCUUCUGGGAGCUCCUUCUGCCAGGGACUGCUCAGCACAUCCUGAGUGGCCUGCUGGGAGCCCAGGGCUCUCUGGUGUCUGCAUGAACGGGUGUGUUCAUGUCUUUGCAUAGCUACCUGCGCUUGAUCCCUGACAGCUGAACCAAUGUAGAAUAAUCUUGAUGCAGGGUGACCCUGGGUCUCGGACCCUGCUCAUCCAGGCUGUCCCUUGGAGCUUGGUAUGUUUGAUGUGGAAUCACAUGCCAAGUGAUGACAGAGUUCUGUCUGUCCACUAAAGGAUGCUCUACCUUAUUUACCACGGUCGGGUCGUAGGAAGGAACAGUUACGAAAAGUGGACUUUGAUUCCUGAAAGCCAUAUUUUAGCUGCCGUGCCAAUGUCAGGCAAGCGUGUCCUACGUGCUGGCAGAGACCAUAGCAGCAGUGGUAUGGUGAGAGAGCUGGGGAUGCCAAGGGAAACCCAGGCCUCAAAUUGUAUGGUUGGACGUCCUAGAGGUCACCCUGGAGCCCCGGGCUGGAGUGGAGGACCAGGGUUACCUCCCAGCCACUUUUCACUCCUAGGGCCCUCCACUUCUGGCUGGCUCUUUCUGAGGUUCACCCACCCCUCCACUCCUUUAGUGCCUUGAAUCUUAUUUGCUAGCAGCCCCCUUUCUCUUGUUUAUCUCCUUCCUUUUCCCAGUGUCCCCGCAGAACAGACACCAGACAGAACACCCCCAUGGUGCUUCCCAGACAUCAUCACUACAUUGGGGUUGGUUUCUCUACACUCUCAUUCUCAGAAUGUAAAGGGUAGGGACUGUGAGUGCAGCCCCGGCUCUGGGUGGGCUGGAGCCUGCUUAGUAAUGAAAGUGACUACACUAGUCUACAGGGGUUGCAGCAGGUGAUGCAUCUGUGUGGCUGGUCCAGAUGUAAAUCAGGUCUCAGGGCGGACCCUGGAGCUGCUACGGGUUAGGAAAUUGUAUGUGCCUUGAAACAUCCCUUGCCUGGGUACCCAGCCUCUGGUGGGCCAAGGUGCUGGGGGUCAAGGAGGAACCCCAUCUUCUGGUGCCACUCUGCCCACCGGCCACGGGUGCAUUACCACAUCUGCUUGCUUCUCCUAAAUUAUUUAUAGCGUGGAAUCACUAAUGGCAUCUGUGAGACUGCUGCUGAACUGGAUAAUGACUGCCCAUUUGUUUGUGCAAUUGCCACAAUAAAUGUUGAUGAGUUCCGUGGUC